AUGUGUACACUUAACGAAUCCCUCGGGAAAUCUUUUUGUUCGGGAAGUUGCCCGGUGUCGGAAGGAAAUAUCGUAUGUGGGGAAAGAAGGACUUUAGAUAUAAUUAACGAAUUUAAAAGACUGUAUGAGAAUAAAAUGGACGAAAUUAAUAAAGCGAAUUGCGGAGAUUGUCUACAGGAAAAGCUAAAACUUCAACAAGACUGGAUUAACGAUUUAUCGGAACAGAACGAGUUGCUGGUUAAGGCAGUAGAAGAAUUAGAGAUAGAAGCAACAGAACGGGUAAAGAUGUUAGAAGAUAAGUUGCAGAGAAGUGCCGAAUGUAUAUGCGAGGUGAUGAAGAAAUACAGAGAGACAGACGUGGCGAAUAGCAUCUUAGAGGAGCCUCGUCGGAAGAUUUUCAAUUUGGAAAACGAUGUAAAAAAUUUAUUAGAAUUUCUACGUAGGAUACGAGAGGAGCAGCAAUGGAGCACGGGCGGUCUGGUUUUUUACGAAAUUUCUGAAAAAGACCUUUUAGGAGAUAAAUGUGUGGAAGAGAUAUUAAAUGACUCGAUUCAGGAGUCUUUAAACAGUGAUUUAGUCAAGGGGAGGAAAAAAAUCGUAGAACAAGACAGGCAGCUUCAUGAUCUGGAGAGGCGAACAUCUGAGGUUGAAGAUUUAUCCAGAGAAUUGAAAUCCACACGGGAAGAAUGCGAAACCCUCCAAAAGAACAUGGCCGACAUGCGACAAGUUCUCACCGAAGAAGUGGCGGUGAAGCACGACGCGAUAUUGAAAUUGAAACGCGAGUACCAGGAGUUGGAGGAGAGGUGCAUUCAAGCCGAUAAGCAGACCGCCUUCAGGGACGACAUCAUCAAGGAAUUGAGGAAGGAAAUCAAGCAGCUCAAACAACAGGUAACAUCAGAAGAAGUCAUCAAACUGAACAAAACCAUAGAUGUUCUUCAAAGCACGCUAGAAAGAAGCAGAGCUUUGCGAGAAGAAGAAGAAAAGAACCAAAGUGAACAAACGACAAUGCAAUGUAGAAAAGUGGAGGAAUUAGAGAGUUGUAUUUGCGAAUUGCAGGAACAAUUACAGAUCAGUCAAAGUGAAUGUUGUACGUUAAUUGGUAGAAUUAACGAAUUAGAAUGUUCUCAAAAUGCAAGGUGUGAAAUUCCUAAGACGUCCGACGUUAGUGAAUUGGAAACCAAAGUAAAGGAACUGGAGGCUUCCAUUUUCAAUUUACAAUCGAAGGGAGGAAAGUUGUGUAAAGUAUGCAAACAAAGCAUGAAAGUCGGCUUCAUCGGAAACUCGGAGGUUCAAACCGACGCGCAGGAACCCGCCGGACAGGAAUUAGAAUCGCUGUUGUGCCGAGACGAGCUGAUCAAAUGCCAGAGUUGUACGUUGCAGAAAAUGCAGCAGGAAUUGGAGCGGCUCUGUCAAUCGGAGAAGGAAUUGUUGCAGGAGAAACGGACGAUUUGCAGCGAGAAUUGCUCGUUACAAGACAAAAUCGCGAUGUUGGAGAAGAAGUUGAUGGAGAAUAACGCCGUUGAAGAGGAGUUGAUGAAUAAGGAGAAGAUAAUCAAAAAACAGAGGGAAGCGUUGAGUUUGCUGCAGAAGGAAGUGGAAGGAUUGAGGAGGAAAGAGGCGGAAGUGAGAGAUGAGUGCGAGAACCGUUGUAGGAGUGUGGAACAAUUUAGAGUGAAAAUUAACGAAUUAGAAGAGGCUCUUCGUAAUGCGGAGACGCGCGGGGAUAAUUUACAAACAGCUGUGGAUUUGUACACGAAUACUUUAAAUGUACUGGAAGCAUCAGAAGAAAAGCAUAAAUUAGAAUUGGAUCAUCAGCGUACGACCAUAGCCAAUCUUCAGGAAGUGCUGAUCGCAACGAAGCACGAAUUGGAAGAGUACAAGCACAAGUACGAUGAUAAUAUGGAAGAGCACAAAAUAAUAAUAAAUCAACUAACUCAGGUUAUCGCCAGUAAUGAGAGUGAAAAGGCCGAUUUGAAAUGUGAACUUCUUGAAGUAUCCCAAAAAUACGAAAAAUUGCGGGAAAUCAACUUUGGAACGGAAAUCGAGCACUGCCACAGCCUCCAAGACGUUCAAGUAUUAGACAAUCAACUGUAUAAGUAUCAAAGUUUGUUGAAAUUCAAAGAGGAAGAGCUGAACAUUUGUAAAUGCAAUCUGAAGAAAAUGCUGAAGCAGAAGAAAAACUUCGAGAGACUGAUUGAGUAUUUUCGAACGGAAAUGAUCGCAGUCUCGCAGCAGCUUCAAAACCUACAAGAUGUUAUGAAUAUUUCCCACGAAACGACGCAGCUGGAAGUCUGCAGGCUGACGGAAUCCUUGAUGAGAGCGAAAGAAAUUAACCAGAAAUUGUUCUCUCAACUCUCCGCUACCGAGCAGAAGCUCACCCUGCAAGACCGCAGGAACCAGUUCAACCAGUCCAAAAUAAUGGAACUGGAGAGAACGAUUUGCGAAAAGGAGGUCAAUCUGCUGAAGCAUUCCGAAAUCUUAAACACCAUAAAGAACAACUUGCACUUAUCUUUACAAGAGAACAGCAAUCUGAAGGACACCAUAAAGUCGCUGAAUCAGACGGUUUUGGAGUUCGAAGAAGUUAUAAAACAAUACGAAAGCGAAUCCUUCCUGACUAAAGAAAAAACGUCGGCUUGUAAAACUCAAAUAGACAUUUGCAAGAACAAAUUGCUGGAAUUGAACGCCGUAUUCGAGCAGAAAACGAGGGAGUUUUGUUCGCUUGAAUGCGCCUACAAUCAGCAACACAAAUCCCUGAAAACCUGCCAAAUGGAGCUGAAUCGGGUGAAAGAAAAGGAAAAAACGAAGAAACAAAGUUUACAAAGGACCAUCGAGCAGCUCAAGGACCAACUAUCGAAAGCCCAAGAAGACAACAAACGGAUUAGCGAUGAUUCCAAUGCCUUGAAGGUGGAGUUCAAUAGGAAAACCUGCGAAUGCUUGACCAAAGAAGCGGAAUUGGAUCAGUACAGAAAAGUAACUGAAGAUUUGAAAUUAACACUGGAUAAUAUAAAUAAAAGUCUGAAUGGAAGAAGCAGCGAAGAUGAUACAAGCCUAUCAUCGAACUGCAAAUGCGAUUUUAAUUAUUACCUGGAAAUAAUUGCAUCUUUGAAACUGGCGGUAACACAGCUGCUGAGGAAACUAUCAGAUUCGUACGCUCACAACGAGGACCUGAAGAAACAACUGGACCACCAGCAGCACCAAUUAACAGAGGCGAUGAAAAACCACGCGGACAAAGACAGGAAAUUCAACGAAAUCAAACAGAAAUUCGUCGAAGUGGUAGAGCACACCCAAAUCGAAGAGCAACGGUACAUCGAAACGCUCAGAACGUCCCAAAGAGAAAUCCACGCACUCAGGCAAGAUCUGGACGAGAGGCUUAAGCAAAUCAACGAGAUGAACAAUACCGGCCAAGAGACGAGAUGUAAUUGUACUGGUAUCGAUAAAGAAAACGCCUGCCUCAAGGAUCAGUUGAGUCGUUUGAUGAAGCAACAACACGCAGAAAGCGCAGAGAAUGAGAACCUUCGGACGCAAAUUGACAUCGUCGAAGUGAAAAUAUCAACGUUGGAAGAAUCGAAUCGUUCGUUGAAAACCAAAAUGGAGCAGUAUUCGUCGGAUAUGGAGAGACUGAACGGGGAAAAGGAGUGUUUGCACCGGAAAAACGAGGAGUUGCUCGGCGAGCUGAAAUCGUUGAGCGCCUCGUUCGAAUCGGCCACCAGCCAAAAAAGGUACAAAGAGGAGACGAUUAGGGCGCUAGAGGACCAAUUGAACGAAGUGAAAAUUUCCCGAGACGAGAUUUGCUUCGAGAGUAAAAACGCGUUGAAUUAUUUCAAGCGUUGGUUGCAGGAACAAAAUAGAAUCAACAAGCACGUGGUAGCGAAAGAGAGGAAUUAUUGCAAAACCAUCGAUAUUUUGAAACAUCAAAUCGAGCAAGGACAAUACCAUCGCUCGGCUCGUUCCAAAGAUAUGUCGCCUCUGAUUUGCGAGGCUUCCUGCAGUUUGGGAUCCCAAGGCAACGAGUCAGUGUACAGUGGAAGUCCGCCGAUAAGCCCCAAUCCCCAAGAGGCUGAUGAUUCCGAGUUUUUCACGAUCAGUUGCAAGAAUGAUGAUUGGGACACGGAUGAAGAUGAUGGAGAAGGAUACGUAGCUCAGAUAGAGCACUUAACAAAAGUGAUGAAGAAAACGAAUGAAAAAUGGAAGGAAAAGAGCAAAAAGUAA